GUCUGUCUCUCUCUCUGUCCAGGUAUUGCCCGUGUUUUGUGGCGCUGACUUGUGCGCGCGCUCUCGUCCAGUCAUUGACGCCCGAGCGGCAGCAAUACUCACGCGCAUUCUCAGUGCGAUGGGAGUCCUGUGAGGAUGGACCCACGGCAAAUACUCCGACUCUUGAUCGUUUUAUCGGGAUUGAACGGAGCGUGUGAUUCUCUGUUCUGUAACUGCACCGCACCACACUGUGAGAAGAAUAGUUUUAAGUGCGAGACCAACGGGGCGUGUGUGGCCUCCACCUCUAUCAUUGAAGGACAGGAGCAGCAUGUGCGGCUCUGCAUUCAAAAAGAGAAGCUGGUUCCACCCGGCCAGCCAUUCUACUGCCUCAGCGCAGAGGGACUGAUGAACACACACUGUUGCUACUCUGAUUACUGCAACAGCAUUGACCUCAGGCUACCAACCGUGACAAACGGACCGGGCGCAGGCCAGGACUGGGGGCCGGUGGAGCUCACUGCAGUGGUGGCGGGUCCAGUCUUUGUGCUGUGUGUGCUGGUUCUGCUGGGUCUCUUCCUCUUCCAGCACCACCAGCGCGCCUACGGCCACCGGCAGAGGCUGGAGGUGGAGGACCCCAGCACUGAACACAUGUUCCUGGCCAAGGACAAGACCUUACAGGAUCUCAUCUACGACCUCUCCACCUCAGGUUCUGGUUCAGGUCUGCCGCUGUUUGUCCAGAGGACAGUUGCGCGUACCAUAGUGCUGCAGGAGAUCAUCGGUAAAGGGCGCUUUGGGGAGGUGUGGAGGGGGAAGUGGAGAGGAGGAGACGUCGCUGUGAAGAUCUUCUCCUCUCGUGAAGAACGCUCCUGGUUUCGUGAAGCUGAAAUCUACCAGACCAUCAUGCUCCGCCACGAGAACAUUCUGGGCUUCAUUGCCGCCGACAACAAAGAUAAUGGCACAUGGACUCAGUUGUGGUUGGUGUCAGACUAUCAUGAGAAUGGAUCCCUGUUUGACUAUCUGAACCGAUAUUCAGUCACCAUUGAGGGCAUGAUCAAACUGGCACUGACGGCUGCCAGCGGCCUGGCACACCUGCAUAUGGAGAUAUUGGGCACUCAGGGUAAGCCUGGCAUCGCUCACCGUGACCUAAAGUCCAAGAACAUCCUGGUGAAGAAAAACUGCACGUGUGCAAUUGCUGAUCUUGGCCUGGCAGUUCGUCACGAGUCCGUCUCUGACACCAUCGAUAUUGCCCCCAACCAGCGCGUCGGCACUAAGAGGUACAUGGCACCUGAGGUUCUGGAAGAGAGUAUAAACAUGCGUCACUUCGACUCAUUUAAAUGCGCUGAUAUCUACGCUCUAGGACUCGUGUACUGGGAGAUUGCUCGCCGUUGCAACGCUGGAGGUACUGAAAUGAAUCGAAACCAUUUUUACCAAAGGCACAUUGCACAACAGAAGCACUUAAAGGGUAUUCAUGAAGAGUACCAACUGCCCUACUAUGAUCUGGUGCCCUCUGAUCCAUCCAUAGAGGAAAUGAGGAAAGUUGUAUGUGACCAGAGGUUACGACCCAACAUACCGAACUGGUGGCAAAGCUAUGAGGCGUUGCGUGUGAUGGGGAAGAUCAUGCGAGAGUGCUGGUACGCAAACGGCGCUGCGCGACUGACUGCUCUCCGUAUCAAGAAAACCCUGUCUCAACUUAGCGUGGAUGAAGACAUGAAAAUCUGAACGGAAACACUACAUUCUGCGAGAAAGAGCAUAACACUCCUAGGAAAGACAACAUGUACAGACAUACUACCACUCUAAACUAUCCUGCCAGUUUAAAAAUUAUUUCCGUCCACUGAGUUGUGACGGGGCCUACCUCACCCCACCGCCAAAACUACUGAACCCACGCUACCGUCUCUUCCUCUGAAACGACCUCGGACUGCAAAUACUGACACACGUCUACUACUACUACUACCACCGGCCAACUCUGUAAUCAAAAAUGCGACUUUAAUGAUUUCUGUUCAAAUCAAUUCUCCCCAAAGAUCAUUUUUAAAACCAGGGCCGCUCAUAUUUAACCCUUCUAACUUCUGGUGAACACAGUCAUUUGCUGCUGUGAACUUUUGAUGCGGGCUUGUUGCUUUCUCUUAGAUCAGUCUAGCAGGAUACCUCGGUUAACCAGUUUAAGCUCUAAACUAGGUGGAAUAUACACACUCCAGUUUAGAGCUGGUAAACAGGGUGAAUUGGUUCAAGGUGGACUGAUGGCACUGCUUGAUGAGCGUGACCGACGUGAUCAGCUGUUUUCUUUUCAGUGUUUCAUAACCACGUUAAAGCUGUUAGCAAAACAACCUUAUUUGCACUUUAUUACAGAGGAUUCGUGGAUUAUAGCCAUCUUGAUUUUUGGAAUCACACACUGGCACACACGUCUAUUCUUACUACUGAACGGUACGGAGAUGUCUAUUUAUUUUAGCUUGUAGAUCCUUCAUAUUGUCCUUAUUUUUUUAUCGCCGUUAGAUUUCCUUCUCUCCUCCAUGGGCAAAUAAAGCUACUGUACAUAGUAUAUUUUUUAAAAGUAUGGAAGUGUAAAUAGCAUACCCUUUUUUUCAUUUCCGAAUCCUUCGACUAAGCUAAAGUGUUGGCAUCUUGAUCGUAUUUAUACGUCCUGAGCGUUGGACAGGCGCAGGGUCAUCUGAGAUGUGAAGCUGUGCGGGUCACCGGUCCGUUAAACCCAACCAGAACUGCUGGGUAAAGUACAGGCUUUUGUUAAUGUUUUUCAUAGCUAAACCUGUUUGUUGCUUCUCUCUGUAGCAUUAAAUGACACUAAAAAUGAUGACGACACUGAAUAACGCACAUUUUAUUAGUUGAGGAGUUCUGAGACUGUUCUGUAAGUUCUUGUUUAAGGAAUUAUUUACGCAGACAUUAAAAUGGUCAUCAUUUAUUCACCCUCAUAUUAUUCCAAACUUGUAUGACUGCCUUUUUUUUCCCCAUGCAACCCAAAAGGAGACAUUGAGCAGAAUGUGCACGCUGCUCUUUUCCAUGAAAUUAAGCUCCAAAAAGGACAAAAAUCUGCUUAACACUUUUGUGCUAUAUUCCAAGUCCUCUAAAUUUAUAUGGACUAUAUCUAUGAUGCUUUUUUGUCUUUUUCUGAGCUUGACACUCCCAGAAUUCAUUCACUUUCAUCGUAAAGAAAAGCGUUGCAUGAGCGUUACUCAGUUUUCCUUCCGACUCCAAUGGGAGAAAAAAAGUCAGGUUUUUAUCAACAUGAGGGUGAAUUAAAUGACAGGAUUUUAAUUUUUACAUGAACUAUUCCUCAAAGGCACAAUGUCUCCAGUGAUUCUAGAGGAAAUAGAUCUCAUUCUUCUUCAUGCACUGGCUUGUAAUGAGAAGAACGACUUGAAAAUGUAACUUGACUUGAAAAGUUUGGCGUCGAAGCCUCUUUACUCCUAUUACACUGUAUUUAUGACUCCAGACAGACAUUAAUUUCCUCUCUUAUACUCAAUGGAUACUACUGCCCUUCUCUCCCUCUCCGCUUCUGUAUGAAAUAUGCAAGAUGUAAAUAUAGUUUCUAUAAUGUAUGACCUUUUUUAAUAAUCAACUUUGAUUCUGUAGACAAUUGUGUGGUUGUAGCUAGCUGUAUUUUAUUUAAUCUGUUUUGUGGUUUGUUUUUUAAUGUGACUCAGUUCAGAUUUAAUUCAGGUUUAAUUUGUAUAGCGCUUUUAACAGUAGGAAUUGUCUUGAAGCAGCUGUACAGGGGUUUUGGUCUGUGGUCUUUCAUUUUUUUUUAUUUGAUUUUAUCUCCCAAUCGCUCACCUGAUGUUUCAGGAUUAGUGUCUAGAGUAUGUGUCUGAUGUUUGACAAUCAGAAUAAGUACUGUUAUAUCUCAUUCGUCCAUUUGCAACAAUUCAAAGUCACCUUACUCUAUUUAAUGUUAUUAAAAUAUGUCCAGAGAAAGCCAAAAAUGAUUUCGUAUAGUUGGAAGAUGGUUUCUUUAGAUUUUAUUUUUAUGUUAUUUUUGUAAUAUGGAUCCAAAAAGGACAAACUACCAUGUCAGCAUUUGUGAAAUGUGAUUGUAACACUGGAUUGAUUGAGUUUAAACACUACUGACAACUAUAAGAUUACACUGGCACACUGACAGUAUCAUAAGGAAAAUCUUUUAGAAUUGAGAAUAAGAGUUCUGGUUUGAACUGUAUUUGUUUCUACUGUUAAACGAGAGUUUGAACAUAUAUUUAUAGCUUCCAGAAAGCAUUUGAGCUGCUGGCAGGAUUUGGGCUCCAUGAACGACUAGUCCCUUUCAUCCACUCACUGUAGUGGAGACAUCCGUCGCCUGGCUAAUUAUAAUGGAUAAAAGACGGCAACAAUGUGAUUUAUGGUGUGCAAACAGUCCCAGUCCUGGUUUAUCAUAAGGAAGUUUCCUCUAUCCUCUGACCUCACAGCCUACCUGUAUAAUCUGCGUGUAUUUCCCAAAUCCACAUGGACUUUUCAGGAAUUUUCAGUUUCCAAUCAUGUACAUGGGUAAUUAUUAAAUGGUAAUAAACACAGAUUUUCCUACA